AUGACAAGAGGUAGGAAGUCCUUGCUUUCUGGUAUGAAACUGUCCUACACUUGUGAAUGGUCAAACUGCUGUAAUACAUACAAUAACGAAAAUCUACUCAAGUAUCACCAGCUGCAACACUUUAGAGAACUAUGUGAGCAACCUUCGCAAGUAUCAUGUAAUUUGAUCCCCGAACUUCCAACCAAAUUCGAGUGUGGUUGGGAAUAUUGUGAUUUUAAAACCAACGAUGUUUGUGUAUUUAUUACUCAUGUAUCAAGACACCCAGAGGAGUAUACCGAUUCUCGAUAUCCUGCAAAUGUACAGUUAAAAUGUUUAUGGGAGAAUUGUACAUAUAUAGCUAAUCGUUUAAGGAAUCUUUCAAGUCAUUUGGAUACUCAUACUCAAGCCAAACGUGCAGCUUGUCCUACAUGUGGUUUAUUGCUUGUUGAUUUCCGUAAAUUAGAAGAUCAUCUUAAACGCCAACAAAUUCAUCUAUUAAAUAAAAGCACCAACUUUAAGGAGAACUUACAUCAUUCGGUCAAGCCUGUGAAAUGCAGUCGUUGUCGAAAAGUAUUCAGUACACAAAGAUUAUUGAUGUCACAUAUGAAAAGACAUAUCAAUACAGUGAAAUGCCCUUUUUGUGAUAUGACUGUCUGGAGCAAAUCAGCUCUAGAACGUCACAUUUUAUUUCGACAUUCAAAUGAGAAGCCAUUUAAAUGUCCAUACUGUAAUUUUACAUUUAAACUUACCAAUUGUUUAACGCGGCAUUUAAGUUCUAGACAUAAAAUUUAUGAAUCAAAUGAAAAUGAUAAGAAGUCAACUGAUCCAGUUGUACCGGAUACUACUCAAUCUGAUUUAGUUGGUGAAAAAUGGCCUCACUCCAUAUCUAUUGCUCCAAUCCAUGGACCAUUAGCUCAAGCUGGUGCCUUACCAAAUGUUCAAGCAGAUAUUUCAACCCCUACAGACAAUGAUACUACUCCUUGUGCAAUAGUGGAUGUAUUUGUCUGUCCUCAUAAUGGUUGUAAUUUCAAAACUAACAAAAGAAAUGGUUACCUUGUUCAUAUUGGUCGUAAACAUCAUCCACUUCCAUCUAAUUCAUCACCAGAGUCAUCAUCAGAUCGUCCAUAUAGUACCGAUAACUCACCAAAUACUUCUCAAGAACGUUUAUAUAAGUGUCAUAUGUGCUCUGUUGUUAAACGACGGGGUAACGAAUUAUCAAAGCAUUUGGUGAGAGAUCAUCAUUUAGCUCGUCCUUCUGGGCAUGUCCGUUUUACUUACACUAUUUCAGAUGAUGGACAUUAUCGCCUUCAGUUAACUCGUCUUGAUACUGUACGUGUCGCUGCUCAACUGCUUGGUGAGACAGUUGUUAGUAAAUUACUCGUUGAGACAAGGAAUCAACAGUUGUCCAUCUGUGAAUAA